GCCAGCUUCGUUUCAUCGAUCGUCGGAUUUACACUUUUCGUUUCUCGAAAUUUCCCUCUGGAUUUUGUCUGAAAAUUUUGUUCUCUUCUUUCGAUUUGCGAUUUCUCGAUCUUGAUUCUUCAAAAACCACAGCAGAUUCCGAAUUUAGGUUUUUUUAGAAGUUAUCUCAAUUAGAAAUCGCGUAGAUGGCGUCAAAUCCUCACAGAGGCGGUGCGGGUGGUUCCUUAUACGGAGGCGCUGCUCCUUAUAGAUCCAGAGAAGGGCUUAGCACUAGGAGUGCUGCAGGUUCAGAGGAAAUCCAGCUGAGGAUUGAUCCUAUGCACUCUGACCUUGAUGAUGAGAUCCUUGGUCUCCAUGGCCAAGUCAGCCAAUUGAAAAACAUUGCUCAAGCAAUUGGGUCAGAAGCUAAGUUUCAGAGGGACUUCUUAGAUGAACUGCAAAUGACAUUGAUGAGAGCGCAAGCUGGGGUGAAGAACAACAUAAGGAAACUGAACCUGAGCAUAAUCCGUAGUGGCAACAACCAUAUCAUGCACGUGGUUCUUUUCGCACUCGUCCUUUUCUUUAUCCUCUACAUGUGGUCCAAGAUGUUCAAAAGAUAGAUGGCAUACUACUGUAAUGUAACCCCCCCCCCCCAAAAAAAAAUGCCCCUUGAUGAAUGUUGGUGAUAAGUUGUAGAAAUAUCAAUCCUUUAGAUUACAACAAUUUGUGGCUCUUCUAGUUCUCGUUCCCUGUGCUGUUAUAUAGCGUGCUUGUUUGGAACCUUUA